GUGUGUGUGUGUGUGUGUGUGUGUGUGUAUGUAUAUUGGAUUGGGACCCACUGUUCUUAUCACUUACAAUCCCCACAUCAGAGGGGUUUGGCCUUGCUUUGUGUUACUCAAGUGUUUUUUUUUGUUUUGUUUUUUUUAACAAAGGGGUCUAUCAGCCAAUUCUCACACCCCUGCCAGGCCGAGACUAAUCUAUCCUUAAACUUUCUCUGUGAAACGUCAGAUGGCCUGUGUUGAGUUAUGGUCUAGUCAAAAUGACAGUGUUCAUAUUUCAAAAUGACAAGGGGUCAUAAUUUAAUCAAAUAACACUGUACACAUCAAUCAUAUAUGACAUAAUCAAUCAAAUUUGGACAUAAAGUAAAGGUUAACAACUGCUUACAUGGAUAGUGGUUUUCCCGUGAUGAGAAUCACACAUUAACAGACAAAUGGAGGGGGUUCUCACCUUAAGAUGGGGUGUGGCCCCUCCGAAGAGAAAUUACUUCACAACUCACAGAGACCAGAAUUCUCAUGUCUCUGAAAUCCAUGUUAAGACUAAUCUAUGCCGCUGUAGGACUGACACCACUUUACCACUCAAACUGAGACCAUUCAAAUAAGUUCAAACAUGAUAAAGAAAUCAUCUUCCAAUGCAAUAUUUCACUUAAGCACUCUUACAUUCAUUUCUCUGCCCCUAGUUUCACCCCGGCAUGGAAAAGCACGGAGAGAGAACCAGAGACAUAUAUAGGUUUGAUAUACGAGUCUCAGCAGGGGGUGGAAAGAUCAACAAUCGGGGAAGUGCAUCUCUGGAAUGUUUGUUGGGGGCACCAUAAACCAACACCUAGACCCGACCAAAUGAGUAGUUACCAGAGGAAGGCCAUCUGUGAUUUUUUCCACUCCAAAGAUCCAUUCCUGCCUUACAGUACCCUAAGUAACCAUUGGGUUAGAAACCAUGUCAAGUCUUCUAGGGGGCCUCUGGGUUGGAACCCUGCCAAGUACAGUAUAAGGGGGUUUGUCUGGCUUUCAGGCCCUCAGUGUAGUUAUUUCUCACUCACUCCGUGCCAAGCCUUAUAUUUAAGCAGUGUGAAUGUUCUACUUAUUCUGAUUAUUACAUGGAUUGUUAAUUAUACACACAUGUUAUUAUACAUUGUUUAUUGAGCUUUUCUGUUCACAAAUUUUCCACCACAUUGGAGUUGUGGAUCCUUUACUGUGAUUAUAUGUUCUUUAUCAAACGGUUUUACGAGCAUUUAACAAGUGGUUAAGAGUUAAAAGCUAAGUAACAUGAGUUGGACUUUAUUUUUAGUUAUUCAGGAUGAUGUCUGAAUUAUCCAUUCAGUGAAAAUGCCACAGUCUCAGGUGUACCCUACACUUCAGCCCUAUGGUAACGCAACAUUCUGUUUUUGUCAAACUGUUCAGGAGGGACAAUCAAAUAUGAACCAGGUGAAGCUAACGUUAAUCUGUAAUCUCAUCUAUGAACUAACUUCUGUUGCAGCGAACUAAUUGCUCCAAAUCUUGGGUUGCUAUUCCAAAUCUGGCAGACAAAUGAGUACGAUGAUCUGAAGAUUUUAUUCCAGUCUUCCAGUCUUUGUCAUUCUAGUCAAACCGCGAGGUGGUCUAUGGAGCAUCUCUGCAAAACUCUGUGUGUCUUGCUCUUUUAUGCACUGUGAUUUCUGACGUGUUAAUGUUGUAGCGAAACAACCUCUUCAAAUCUUAGAGUUGAUACUUCAAUGAGAGUCAGAAGACCGAAUGCGAUGAACUGAAGUUUAUUCAAUCUUGCAGACUUUUCAUUCAAUCUGAGUAGUGGUCCAUGGAACAGCUCUGUCAAAAAACUAGUGCACUAACUUUUUAAAUGGUAUAUUUCGACACUAUGCUUUUUCACUCAAAGACCUAAAACUUAUCCAAGUUUAAACCAAUCAGAAUAUUCUCUCAAACCUAUACAUUUUAUCCAAGCUCAACCAAUCAGAAUAUUCUGCACACCUGUUGCCGAGAAACAUUUUAAGACAAUGGUGACUUGUGAGAGCAGGUUGGUGUCCUUGCCAAUGUUUCAGAGACCCUGUUUACAACUUUUUGGGAGGUUUUGUUUGCCCUUGACUUGUCUGCAUCUCUUAUCCCGAGACCCCUCUAUGAAUGAUUGGCUCUCUCCUACAGCCUGCACCUGUAGGCCUGUUUUCGUAAACAAGCCUCAUCUCUGGGAACAGGCCUUUCUGCUUGACCUUACAAGACACUUGUCUCUCCACACAGCCUUUCUGCAUGAGACUUGUUUUUGGAAAACUGAUUCAUGUUUACCACACCACUGUAUUACAACCAUGAUUUUUCUACAUUAACAUUUCUUUUUCCAAUCAAAUAAUGGACACUUAUCUGUUCUGAUUACGAUUCCUAAUCAGAGGACAGGUGGUUAUCCACCUUAGCCAAUCAGAAUAUUCGUAUUUACUUGUGGCUUGUAUAUAAUUGUGGCGAGCUGAUGAUGUACACACCUCAAAUUUAGGGUGUUUUCCAAUAUUCCAAAAUAACUGGCGAAACCCCUUUCUCAUUUUUUUUUUUUUUAAGUACUGACUUACCAGUCAGCUCCUGUUUCCACCACGCAGAGGCACCUCCACACAUGAGUGCCUGGGCCUUACUCUGCAUAUUUUACCUCUAUUCUGCACACUUCGACGACGAAAGAAUAAAUAGGAUAAAUAAGAAAAUCACGCUCACAGACAUCAUAGAAGGACUUUGUAGCAUAUGUCAAACGUACUUUAGUACUACCACCUGGUUAGUGUCACACUGUGUAACAGACUGGAACUUGACUUGAAAAGUUGGAAGACUUGUGCACCCAGAAUAAAAAACAAAUAAACAAUCUAGCCUUAGUUAUUUCAAGAAGAAAACGAAAGUAAAUCAUUGUGGGAUUACACAAUGUAUCGAAUUAUGUUGACGCCAACGAAACAUUUACUGACGUUCAAAUAGAUGUGCUUUAUUGACAUAGUCAUACGAAGCAGGAGCCUAUUGCCAAAGCACACUUUGGUGAAUAAAACACAUACAUAAAGGCUAUAGGGAUAAAAAAGAAAACUGUUCUCUUUUGUCUCGCACAAUCUCCCUUAAAAAAAACGUGAUUUAGCCCCUGAUUUUACCAAUAAAUAGAAACGCCCCAGGUUGGAGUUUUUUAAACCAUUGAAUUCUGAAGUAAUCUAUUGCCAUGUGAAUUUACUCGACAUCCCAUGAUUGGAAUUCACUUAUUUCACCUGGUCUGUCAAAUGGACUUAACUACCACGUGUAUUCAUUUAACUACACUUUACGCUCAAUGACCAAUGGGCGCUAACCCAGUAGAUCGGUGGGACCUGAGGGUGGGACUUGUAGAUAUCCCAUAAAUCUUACAACCAACCGUUACUUGGUUCUAUGUGAUGUCACACGGAAGCGACCUAUUUACGCACAGACGUAGCUCACUUUACUCAUGGAUACAACGCUUACAUCGACAGCUAGCGUAUUUGAGAGAAGUAUGCUGUGCUGCUAGAUUGGGACUGUCCAGAAAAGUAAAACUACAGUAAUGACAUCAUGGAAAUAUGCUUGUGGUGCACAUUUAAGCGAGAGAAUGUGGUUGAACUUCUGGAGCAGUAUGUCUCCGGCUCUCUCAGCUCAGAUGAGUACCAGACUGCCACAGAAGACCUGAAUAACUGUGCAGAGUGUGUGUCACAGUACCACCUUGCUCGCACUCAGGUGCCACAUCUGCACAAGCGCCUCUGGGCAUUGGAAACGACUCGCUUGAUGGAGCGUUUCUCUCAGCUGUCUCGGGAUGAACUUGACGAGGAUGAUCUGUUUUUGGUGGAGGAUAAUGAGGAGAAGACGGUAUCGAAGAUGACCAUGGACGAGUUUGAACUGGCCCUGCGAAUACCUUUCACAGAGAUUCUGCAGUUUCCAUACCUGUUGGCGCACGACAAAUUAAGUGAACUGUGUCUUGAUGCACUCUGUAGAGCUGAUACCAUUGGCAUGAAUGAGAAAUAUAAGGGCAUUUACCUGCUGUUGGUGCACCCCAACGACAAGGUCAGAAGCUGGGCAAUCAGAACAGCGCAGAUGUUGGGUCCUGUAGACCGUGAUGAAUUCUAUGACGUGGAGGAGGUUCUGGCCUGCAUGUUCUGUGUGCUUGAGCUGGGCAUCUCUUUUUCUCUGGAGGACUCUGACCCACCCUCAGCCUGUGUUGGCAAGCUCUUGCGCAUGCCCUCGCACCUCUACGACUCUAGCAAUGUGAAAAACUACUGGCUAGGUAUAUGCAUGUUGUUAACGGUGUUGGAUAAGCAGGCAAUGGACUCGCUGUUUUUAGGCCCAAACAAACAGACCAACAUCCUGCAGUGCAUCCUCAAUACUAUGGAGGGAGAAGGGAGAGAAUUUGACUCUUCUGCUGACCCCUUCUGGCCAGCCCUUCAGUGUUUUAUGGUGAUUCUAGACCGUCUGGGCCCUAACAUCUGGGGUUACAUAGAACCCAUCAAAGCCCUCCAUACAAUUACCUACAGCACCAGUUAUACAUCAGAGAUCCAAACCAUCAGAUCAAACCUUAGCCGCAGCUGUGUGAACGUGAAGGAAGAGCAAGAUGAUGAGCACCAGGUCUCCUGUAGUCAGAUGGUGUACGAAACGUUCCUUCAACCAAAAUUAAGUCGGCCCCAUAGGAGCGGUCGAACAGAGGAGUUUGACCAGCAAUUGUAUAAAGGGAUGGCAUCCCUUGUCGGUGUGCUUCAAACGGAACUGGGGCAGGAAAUGCACUUGUACAACAGCACCUUCCUGUGGUUCAUUCCCUUUGUGCGUUCGGUCAUGAACAUGGAUGAGCUUAGCAUCCACUAUGUACAGCCGGUGGUGCAAUACUUGGGUGACCAAGUCAGCCAAAUGUUUGCCAGGAAUGCUGUUUGGGACAAGGUCACAGUAUUUUUUGCUUACCUUCUUGUCCAUGUGGUGGAAAUGCUUCUAACUGAGGGACAAAUUAAGAUUUUGCACGCCUGCUCGAACAUCUGGGUAAAAGUUAUUGGCAAAGGUGCCGUGUUUGCCAAUGUCGGAGCAGGGGAAUUCAGAAGACGCGAACUGUCGGUGUCAUCCUCCUCCAUGACGGGCUCUGCUCGACCUGCAGGGGGAGCGUUGAGUAGUAUGAGCAGCAUCCUCCACCUAGCAUGCUUGAAGGUAAUCCGCUUGGUUCUAAAGGAGGGAGGCCGUCUGGGUUCUGAUAUACACCCUCGUGCGCGUUAUUUCUUGAACCAGUUGAACAUACAUCUGCGUGAUUCUGUACGGAGAGAAGGGUGGAGUUUGUCAGUGCCUGAACUGCAAGAACUACAGCAGUGCCUUAAGCAGCUUGUAGCAGCCUUAGAGAAAAAAGCCACCACAGCACCAGCUACUGUGUCUGCUUUGCCCACGCCGCCAGCAGAGACCGUGGCAAUGGAGUCACCAUUUGCUAAUCAAGACCCUCUGAGUUUCAUCAAAAAGGAGCCAAUGUCAAAUCCUGUGUUGUGUGGUUCCCCUAUGAGGGACAUGGACUGUACUGUUAAUGCCACACCCAUCAAAGAUGAGCUAACAGUGGGAUUUCAGAAUCUGAAGCCUGACCUUGGGAAACUGCAGGUUAUUCGUUCUUGUCUCAAUGAGAACCUGCCCAAGAUGCAGGCCAUCGCGCAGAAGAAACCGGUAGGAGAGGAGGGUGUCGCUCCACGUGUGCUACACUCAGGAGAGAAAAAAAACCCGGAGAGUCCUCGUCCUUUACCCUCCAACAGUUAUCAGGAGUCACACCGGCCAGAAGAGGACAGCAGCAGCGACGACGACUAUGUGCCCCUGAAUGUUAUGCAGCGACGCAUAAUACAAGAGAAAGGUGAAGAGAGUUGGGACGAAUCCAACGUUAAUGUUAUUGUCAUUUCAGAUGAAGACAUGGCUUCUAUAAAUGGUGUAGAGAGUGGAGAUGACCUGGCAUCCGGCUUUGAGAUUAAAAAGGAACAGGUGGACAUGGUAGAGUCCCCGGGCCGUGACUUUGAUGUAGAUCUAAGUGAAUCGCAAGUUUUUGAAUUUGAGACUCAGGAGGACGUUGCAUCUGCUUGGGGUGACACACACUUUGAGUUUGCAAUUCCCAAGGCAGGUUCUUCCAAAAGCCCCUCAAGUGCUGGCUUUGAAACGGAGUUUGUCAAACCCAAAUCGGCACCUCAAAAAGCACCCCAAAAAGCUCCUUCAAAGAAAUCGAAACCACUACCACCACCUGUCAUUGAGGCACAACCUCUGCGAAAGAAAUGGAAUAGAGGCACUCACCCUGUAGCCCAGGUACCAAACGUUGAAGCUACAGUUGACGCACCAAGCACUUCCCGUGUUCACAGUUCCACCCCUGCCAUUGUUCCUCCCAAGAAGGUACCAAACGUUGAAGCUACAGUUGACGCACCAAGCACUUCCCGUGUUCACAGUUCCACCCCUGCCAUUGUUCCUCCUAAGAAGGUCCGAACUGCCUCCGAACCAGAGUCGACUGUGGAGCGCCUGGGAUUGAAAAAGCGAAAAAGGAUGGCAUUUGACCUAUCUCAGCGCUCCCUGGACUGUGUGGGACAGCUGCGCCGCUAUGGCCAGACUGUGCAGGUGGAAAAGAAUGUAAAACGACUUCGUACCGCCAAACCUGCCCCCGCCCACAAGGCAAAGGGGAAAAAUCAAAAGCUGCUGGCAUCCCAGGAGAUGCAGUUUCAUAGACAGAGCCGUAAUCAGCAACAGAAAACGAGUGCAACCUCUCCAACUAAGCAUUCCGCUCCCUUGUCUCCAACUCUACAAGCCCAGAAAGCCAAACCAUGUAUCGGCGAGGCAGACCAGCUUGAGGGUGAUGAGAAAAAGGGUGAUUCUGAUGAUGCAAACAUGCAGAGCUGUGACUUGGACCAAAGAUCUAAGGGUGGUGGUGGUGGUGAUGGUACCCCCAUUGGUGGCAUUGCUGAGGCUAACGAUAAUAAUAAGGAGGAAUAUUAUGAUGAUUUUGAUGAUUAUAACUGGAAUCUGACACUAAUGGAUCCCACAGACAUGGAGAUGUGCUCCCAGAUGGAGCAGUUUGAUGAAGAGAAUGAUGAAGAUCAGUCGGUCUUCCUCACACAGAGGGAUCCUGUGGACAUGGACAUUGAUGAGGAUGAGCCUCUUUCAACAAUGCAGUCAUUACCUGGAGACCAGCCAGACCAGACUAUUCAGCUUCCCUCGUUACCCCAACCUCCAAUGGUGCAGACACCCUCUACCGUGCACCAAAGUGAUGACUCAUUGUUCCUGAAGCCCGGUAUGUCUCCUAUGAGUCAGAAGAGGGCUAGGCCUUCCACCACAAAGAUCUACACCCCUAGUUCACGAAAUGACACUCUGGUUAAAGAUAUGGAGAAACUCCCAACUCCCAAGUUAAAAGUUGCCCACAAAGCCCUGAUGCCUCCGCCACCUGCACCACCCCCUCAGCGACUUCCACCAGCUCAGCCUGAGUUAAGGCUACUUCCCCUACCCAAACCUCCACCUCGCCCUCCUCAAAUUACCGAGCCAUGCCACAAGCCUGCUCCUCAGCCACCCCCCAAGCCUGCUCCUCAGCCAGCCCCCACCUAUAAGACGUAUCCUCGUCCAGAAGCAUCCACCUCGUCAGGCAGACCGGCUCCAUUCACUCACAACUUGAAGGCAUCCAUACUCAAGGCAAAAGUUCUCAAGUGGCAGUACAGCUGGUUUCAAAACUACAAGCAGUUUGGCCCCCCCGAGGACCUCUGUGAUCUGCCACUGAAGAAUGUGCCAAAGACCUUCGAUUCAUUUCCGGACUAUUACCACACAUUUUUCCCCCUGCUGGUUACCAACACAUUUGAAGAGCUGGCCAGUGAGUGGCUGAGGGAGGACCGGAUUAGAUUGAAUCUGAAAGUUCAGUCAGUUGAUUACGGUUCUUUGGAUACUGGCCUCUUCACUGUCACCAAUGCCAAUUUCAUUGCAAAUCUGACUCCCCAGGAGGAGUCUCAACAGCAAUACCCAAAAGAGGAUGACGUUGUGAUCCUGUGGCUCCCACAAAACACUGCUUCAUACGGUCACGUGAUGUUCAACGAUGAACCCAGGCCAGAUUGCCAAGCACACUUUGGUGUUGUCGCCCGCAGUAAUGUUAUCUAUGCAGGUGCGAAGCGAGAGCUAAAACUGAAAAUACAGACAUGUGGCAACGUGUUGUCCAUCAACAAACAGCUGGUAAAGUGCGAAGUGAUUGGCAGUAUGCUGAGUGCCAUGCGCGAGCUCAGUACCCUGUGCCACAUGCAUGACAAGGCCCUAAUGCGCACAAUUCUGGCACCAACUGUGUACUAUGCAAAUUUCCUGCCUGCCAGCACCCAGCUUGACUCUGAAUCCAUGGUUCAGGGAUGUAAUGUAGAUCAGGCUAAGGCAAUAGAUUGUGGUGUUUCCAUGGUGAUGAGCAAGCAGCCGACCCCCAAAAUAUGUUUGAUCCACGGCCCCCCAGGAACUGGCAAGAGUGACACCAUCGUAAACAUGCUGCACCGACUGUCACAGGUUGGUGCAGCGGACCCCUCCGGCCAAAAACAUUUGCACGCACUCGUCUGCGCCCCGUCUAAUUCUGCCGUCGACAAUUUGAUGAAAAAAAUCAUUGUGUUCUUCAAAGAAAAGAUUAAAGAUGGAAAACCCAAAGGUAACUGUGGAGAUGUUAACCUAGUGAGACUGGGCAGUGAAAGGACCAUCUGUGCGGAAGUGGUGGCUUUCAGUUUGGACCGCCAAACUAAGAGUCGAACAGAAAAAGCUCAACAUCAGGCGAAGGGUAUUGAGCAGAAGAUUGCUGAACUGGAGCAGAACAUGCAGAACCUGACCCAUAUGUGUGCCAUGACCAAAGACCCGGUGCAGCUUGCCCAACUCCGGAACAAAAACCUAAAACUGAAUGAGGAGAGGGAGAGACUCAGUCAGCAAAUGAAACUGUGCAAAAGCGGGAAACAGAACACGCAGCGCGUCAUACUGCAAGAGGCCAACAUCAUCUGCUGCACCCUGAGCACCAGCGGAAGCGUCGUCCUGGAGUCGGCCUUCCGUCGCCGUGGACGCGUACCAUUCAACUGCGUCAUCAUCGAUGAGGCAGGUCAGGCCAAAGAGAUGGAGACUCUGAUCCCACUGCUGUUCCGCUGUCCCUCCCUUGUCCUGGUGGGAGAUCCAGAUCAGCUCCCGCCCACAGUCAUAUCCCAGAAAGCGAAGGAGCUCGGGUAUGACCAAUCGCUGAUGGCUCGGCUCUUCAAGUGUAUACACCGACUGAGCCCCCCACGCAUCCACUUCCUGAGUCAGCAAUACAGGAUGCACCCGGACAUCUGUUCCUUCCCCUCCAAAUACAUCUACAACAACAUACUCAAGACAGACAGAAUGAUCGCUCAGAAUCGCUGUUCCAGUGACUGGGCCUGUGAGUCCUACAGGCUGUUUGAUGUGACUGAUGGACAGGAGAUGAGGGAGAAAGACUCCUAUUUCAAUCCGAAGGAAGUGAAACUGACCAUAGAGUUGGUUCAGUUGGUCACGGAGAGGUACCAGCUCCGCCCUAACUCCCAGUCACUUCGUGGGGUCAUCGGGGUCAUCACGCCCUACAGUGGGCAGAAGUUUCGGAUUCGCGAAGCCCUCAGAAAAAACCACCUACCAAAGGUGGUUGUGGACACAGUCGAUGGCUUUCAGGGUCGAGAGAUGGACUGCAUCAUUGUGUCCUGCGUGCGAGCCAGCAAUGAGAUGGGCUCUAUUGGCUUUCUAGGGAAUCGUCAGCGAAUGAACGUCACAAUCACCAGAGCCAAAUACAGCCUUUUCGUUUUGGGGAACCUGCGUACUCUGAGGGAACACAGCGACUGGAAAGCUUUAAUCGAGGACGCGGAGAGCCGUGGGACCAUCAUAACCACAAAGGAGCAGCAUUUUAAAAACGAUGCACGGAAGGUCUUUAAGCGAGACGCCCUCUCCCCUCCCCCGCACAGGACACAGGACAGGCCUCCGCACCCCUCCGGCCGAGCCCAAUUCCUCCGAUCAAACAGCACGCCCCCCUUCCCAAACCCCUCUAGGGCCAGCUCUAUGUCCAGGGCUCCGCAACCCACCGAACGCUCCAGAGACCGAAGGUCCAGUAGCACGACCUCCGACGUGGUUCCCUCCAGGGCCACUCCCUCCACCACAGCCAGGGGACAGAAUCCCGCAGACCGCCCUCGAGACCCAAGGUCCGGUAGCACGUCCUCAGACGCGGUUCCCUCCAGGGUCGCUCCCUCGACCACCACGGCCAGGGGACAGAAUCCCGCAGAUCGCCCCAGAGACCCAAGGCUGCAGGGCAGCAGCUCGAACGCUGCCCCCUCCUGGCCUCAGCCUCAAAUGACAGGCAGGGACAGGCGUGGCUCGUACGAACGUGACCGACAACGACCCUGUCCGCCACCAGCACGGUGCGGUUCUUCCCGGUCAGGCUCAUCAAGUUCCACGUUCCGAAGAAGCAGCUCCCCUUCAUACUCGAGGAAGGGCCGGCUUUAGUGUGUCGUUUUGUUUCUUUCCUGUUCUUUUUUUUUUUUAUAAACACACUGGAACUACUGUGUAUAUACGAACUGUACAUACUUUGCAAAACUCAAACUUUUGUUAUUGUUUUUAUCUACCUUUUAAUUGUAAAAUUGUGUAGUCGCUGUGUUCUUUUUUUUCAUCUUUUACAAAAUGGCCGAUUCUGUCUGUCCAAACAGAAGGGCUGUUCAACAGGGACGUACACUACGGGUGCCUGUAGGCCCCAUUUUAUCGGGGGCUUGUGUUCUGUUGCAAACGUAUAGCAAAUAUAAUAAAUAUGCAUGUAAAUUAAUGUUGGUUCUUGGUGCUCCUCACUGGCAAGCACAUUUUAUAGUACUUUAGUACUGCAUGGCUUCAGGAGCACUAAACCUCAGCUUGGGAUUGGUGCCUUCUUUAGUUUCUUUGAUGGAAAUUUCUGAUUUAUAGAAGUGGACACGAAGGGAGUAGUUUUAUAGACAAAAUUUGCUUGAUUUGUACAUAAAUAUUUGCAUCUGAA